ACGUUGACACCCCGUAAGUAACCAGACAAUGCAGGACCUACAACCGCCGGCCGCAUCGCUGGAACACCGCGCCCAAAUCGCCGAGCUCGUGUCCCCACUACGUCGUGUCACUCCAAGGGUGCCAUUCUGGAAACUCGCAGCACACCGCAUCCCAACACUCUGGACACUCUACCGUGGGUUACUACGACACGCCGAUCGAGAAAAUGUGCGUGCACAAGGUCUACUUGAAUCUACAAUAGAAACAACCUGGUUGACGGCAGCUAAUUUCGGCGGGUUAUUGCACUGGAAUUCUUUGCUCUGCAACCAGGUCAGGGACCGUGUUCGAGCGUUAGUUCGGGAAAACAGACAUACGACGUCUGCCGUACAGGCAACGAAACAACUAAGCCAAGGUCAUAAGUGGCUGGACGCCUUUAGAAGUGCCAAGGCCGGGGACACGAAACUGCAAGCCAUCCUCGAUCGGUAUGACCGAAUACUGGCUGUCAGGCGUGAAGAAGACAGGUGGAGAGAACGCAUACAUCAGGUCUUCGUGCGUAUCCUUGUUUCUGCACGACAUAACCAAUCUUUAUCUCUGACGCGACAUAUCAUUCCUGUAACCUUCAACGUGCAUGUUGCGUGCCUUACCGAUGGUCUACGUCUACGUCUGUUACAGAAAGAAGAGGCAUCCGCACGCGCCCACCGAAUACACAAAGGCUCUUUCAUCCGACAAUCUCUCUACAACAAACUACUGCCGCGUAUCAUACCACAGCCCGAGCAUAUAGGCGGCAUGAUCCGUCGACGACGCAAAGCACGAGAGCGGCGAUUGGAAGUCAAGGACGAGCUCCGUGGUUGGAUGGACGAUCUCAAAAGGGAGUGUAGAUUCGAGCUGGCAGCAGUUGGACGUGGACAUUACAAGCGUGAAGGGGAAUAUUAUGGGAGUGCGCAGACCGGAUGGCUACAACCGCUACGGGACAAGCUGAAGAUCACACAAGACGCGCUGUUACGUGAUAUCAAGCGUUUUCGAGAGCCAUACUCGCCUGAGAUGCUACGCGCAGCAAGACGAGCGAGACAACGUAGAGUCGCCAACAAGACACGCGAAAGAGACCGAGAGGCGCGAGGGCUGUACUCGGAGUUGACAAUCACACGAAUGCGGCAAGGCCCACCUGCGCACGUCCUUGCGAAGAUGACACCUGAACAACGCAAGCUUUAUCGCAUUGGUCUGGGGCCUUCGGAAGGCGGUUAUGCAGCAGCUGUGAAGCUCAAGUUAGGUAUAAAAUUACGGAAACCAGACUUGUUGAAACUGGAAGGUGGACGGACGGAAAAUCAGGCCACGCUCAGGGCGAAGGAGGACGAUAUUAUGGCAGAGAACGAACGAAGACAGCGCAGUGACACUGACGAGGUUGGGCCAUAA